CGGCGACAGCUGCUGAGCACUGGGGCUUCUCCCGUUGACUCAGCCCUGGCAGGAGGCUGCUGUCGCUGCCGCCCGUGCACCUCCUGCGCCGGAGAGCUGGCUCUGGGCACUGCUCCCUGCUGCUUUGCCCGCUCCUCCCGGGCUCUGCCGGGCGCAGGGUCCCGCAGCCCGCCUGCCAAGGGAAGCGCGCUGCACCGUACACGGUGGUUUCCUAUCGAUGUGGUUUUGCUGCUCCCUGUGAACCGCCCGCCAGCGUCUGUCGGUGUCCAGCCGCGGUGCCCCCCGAGGGCGUUACGAGAAGGGGGGAGGGACAGGUUGGCGAGCUUGGCGGGAGUAGCCACAUGCAUCUCCUCGUCCGCAAUGACUGCACCUGCGAGUGAAUGAAGCUGCUGCACUGAGGAGGGCCGAGAAAGACACGCAGCGGCUCCAGGGGUCCCGAUCAUCUUGCGGGUCUCAGCCUCCCCCCGCCUUAACCUCCCAAACCUGCUCCAUGCGGGAGCCGAAGAGGAUCUCCCCGCAUGCCCUUGUGGAGGCCCACUUCUGCACCCCCCACUGACAGGUACUGUGGGGCGGGGGCAGCCUGGCCCCUCUGUGUGCGUGUGUCUCCUCUCGCCUUCUCUUCCCAGGGAUUUAUUGGAUGAAGAUUUUUAUUCCUUUUUUUUUUUUUUUUUUUUGGUUGGUUGCUGGUCGGUCUGUGGGGUGGGAAAGGAGAGAGACUUCAGCUGACACGGUGCCUGUGCUACAGAGCUUCCCUCGCGUUACUCUCUGCCUCGUGGGGAAAUAUCCAGCUGUUCAUCUGAAGGGCAUUUACAUCAUGGUUUAGCGAGGGAUCUCCCACGAAAAAACUCCCCCUCCCUUUUUCUCUAGCUCCUUCCCCCCCCCCCCCUCCCCAAACUACGGACCCAAUACUUUAGGAAUAACCAUUCCAACUGGUUAUCUCCGGGCAGCGGAGACUGAUGGACAGUUACUCCACUCUGCAAUGAACGCACUACGUGAAAAAACCUUGAGUCAAAAUGAUCGCUACCUAGACGUCUGCAGCUACAGGAACUAUUAGCAAUGCAGUGUUUGGAGAUGACAACCAAAAGGAAAAUUAUUGGCCGUCUGGUGCCAUGCCGAUGUUUCCGGGGUGAAGAGGAAAUCAUCUCAGUGCUAGAUUACUCCCAUUGCAGCUUACAGCAGGUGCCAAAGGAGGUUUUUAAUUUAGAACGGACAUUAGAGGAGCUUUACCUAGAUGCCAAUCAAAUUGAAGAUCUACCUAAGCAAUUGUUCAACUGUCAAGCUCUACGUAAACUGAGUAUACCAGACAACGACCUUUCAAGCCUGCCAACCACCAUUGCUAGUUUAGUUAAUCUCAAGGAACUUGACAUCAGUAAAAAUGGGAUUCAAGAUUUUCCAGAAACUAUAAAGUGCUGUAAGUGUUUAACAAUUAUUGAAGCCAGUGUCAAUCCAAUUUCUAAGCUGCCAGAUGGUUUCACACAGCUUCUAAACUUGACCCAGCUCUACCUAAAUGAUGCCUUUCUGGAGUUUCUUCCAGCUAACUUUGGAAGACUUGUCAAAUUGCGUAUCUUGGAGUUAAGAGAAAAUCAUUUGAAAACUCUACCAAAGUCAAUGCACAAACUGACACAGCUGGAGAGGCUUGACCUAGGCAAUAAUGAGUUCUCUGAGCUGCCUGAGGUUCUGGAACAAAUACAAAACUUAAAGGAAUUGUGGAUGGACAAUAAUUCACUUCAGAUGCUGCCUGGGUCUAUAGGGAAGUUAAAGCAGUUGGUGUACCUGGAUAUGUCAAAAAACAGGAUAGAAACUGUUGACUUGGAUGUAUCAGGAUGUGAAGCACUUGAAGAUCUCCUAUUGUCAUCCAAUAUGUUACAACAACUGCCAGACUCUCUAGGAUUGUUGAAAAGGCUUACAACACUAAAAGUAGAUGACAAUCAGCUUACAGUACUGCCCAAUGCAAUUGGAAAUUUAUCUCUAUUAGAAGAAUUUGACUGCAGCUGUAAUGAACUGGAGUCCCUACCUUCUACCAUUGGUUACCUUCAUAGCCUGCGAACAUUAGCUGUGGAUGAGAAUUUCCUGUCUGAAUUGCCUAGAGAAAUUGGAAGCUGUAAGAACGUAACAGUUAUGUCCCUGCGCUCUAACAAGCUAGAAUUUCUUCCUGAUGAGAUUGGUCAGAUGCAGAAGCUGAGAGUGUUAAAUCUGAGUGAUAACAGACUGAAGAAUUUACCAUUCACUUUUACUAAGCUUAAAGAACUUGCAGCUUUGUGGCUAUCUGACAACCAGUCCAAAGCCCUUAUCCCUCUGCAAACUGAAGCUCAUCCAGAAACAAAGCAAAGAGUACUGACUAACUACAUGUUUCCUCAGCAACCCCGGGGUGAUGAAGAUUUCCAGUCAGACAGCGAUAGCUUUAACCCUACUUUAUGGGAGGAGCAGCGACAGCAGCGGAUGACUGUAGCCUUUGAAUUUGAAGAAAAAAAGGAAGAGGAGGAAAAUGCAGGAAAAGUUAAGGUUGAAAUAAAUCUAAAGCGUUAUCCAACUCCAUACCCAGAAGAUUUAAAGAACAUGGUAAAAUCUGUUCAAAAUCUGGUGGGCAAAACAAGCCAUGGAGUGAGGCCUGAGAACUCAACCCCAGCUGCCAACAAUGAGCAAACUAUGAAAGAAAAGUAUGAGCACAAGUGGCCUAUGGCAACAAAGGAGAUUUCAGUGGAGGAUUCCUUUGGACACCCUGCUAAUGACAUGAGGAUAGGAGAACUUCGCCCUUCAAUGGCUGAGGCUCCCUUGUACCAACCCAAACUUGUUCUUCUGGGUAAAGAAAAGAAAGAAUCAACAGAUGAAUCUGAAGCAGAUAAAAUCCACUGUCUCAAUAACAGUGUUUCCUCAGGCACUUACUCAGACUACUCACCUUCCCAAGCUUCCUCAGGGUCCUCUAAUGCUCGUGUUAAAAUGGGGUCCUUGCAAACAACUGCCAAAGAAGCAGUGAAUAAUUCUUUGUGGGGUAACAGGCUUGCGCAGUCUUUUCCACAGCCUCUUGAGACAAAGCCAUUACUCAGCCAGCUGGAAUCUGCUCCAAUGGGAAAUCUGCAGCAGCGCAAUGACAGGCAUGCAAUGAGUGACACUUUUGCUGACAGCUGGAAUGAUACCCCACACUAUGAUAACACAGGGUUUGUUGCAGAGGAGAGCACAGUGGAGAAUCCUAGCACUAACCCUCUCUUAUGCUCUAAAUCUAGAAGCACAUCUGCUCAUGGACGCAGGCCUUUAAUUAGACAAGACAGGAUAGUUGGCAUUCCCCUGGAACUUGAACAGCCUACACUCAGAAACACACCUGAAUCAGAAGUGCCUCCUCCCAAUCCUUGGCAGAAUUGGACCAGAACUCCAAGUCCUUUUGAAGAUAGGACAGCUUUUCCUUCUAAAUUGGAGAGCACCCCCACCACCAGCCCUUUGCCUGAAAGGAAAGAUCAUAUCAAAGAAUCUCCUGAAGCAGCUAGCACUUUUUCUCCAGGAGUAGCGUGGGAGUAUCAUGAUUCAAAUGCUAACAGAAGUCUUAGUAAUGUCUUUUCACAUAUUCAUUGCCGUCCAGAGUCUUCUAAAAGUGUUAUUGCAAUGAGCAAGAGUACAGAGAGGCUUUCCCCAAUGAUGAGAGAUUUAAAAACUAGUAAAUUUAAGAAGUCGCAAAGUAUUGAUGAGAUAGACAUCGGUACAUAUAAAGUUUAUAAUAUUCCAUUAGAAAACUAUGCAUCCCGUAAUGACAAUGCAGGAACCCAUGAAAGACUAGAUAAAAUGAUAGGACAGGAGCAUGGUAUGUCUAGUAUGUCUCGUAGCCAAUCUGUACCAAUGCUAGAUGAUGAGUUGCUGAGUUAUGGAAGUGUUAAGGUACAGCAGCAGCAAAAGCCUUCUGUUACCAAAAAAGUCUAUCAGUUUGACCAAAGCUUCAAUCCUCAAGGAGCAGUGGAAGUUAAAGCAGAAAAGAGGAUACCACCACCUUUUCAACACAAUCCAGAAUAUGUUCCCCAGCAGAGUAAAAACAUUGCCAAGGAUUUGGUUAGUCCAAGAGCCUAUAGAGGCUAUCCCCCCAUAGAGCAUAUGUUUUCAUUCUCUCAGCCUUCAGUUAAUGAGGAGGCUGUUAAUGCUCAGUUCUCAACCCAGGGAUCAAGGUCAGGAUUUUUGAGAAGAGCUGAUUCAUUGGCAAGCUCCACUGAAAUGUCAAUGUAUAGAAGAGUAAGCGAACCUCACGAACUGCCUCAGAGUGAUAGGUAUAGCAGACCUCAGUAUAGAGCAGCUAUGGAACGCCAAAGCAGUAUCUCAGUGUCUGAAACCCAGUUCCUCAAAAGAAAUGGCAGGUAUGAAGAUGAACACCCUUCAUAUCAAGAAGUGAAAGCCCAGUCUGGAAGUUUUCCAGUUAAAAACCUUACGCAAAGGAGGCCAUUGUCUGCAAGAAGCUACAGUACAGAGAGUUAUGGUACAUCUCAGACUAGGCCAGUUUCAGCUCGGCCUACAAUGGCAGCUCUGUUGGAAAAGAUACCAUCGGACUAUAACUUGGGUAACUAUGGUGAAAAGCCUUCAGAUAACAGUGAUGUAAAGACAAGGCCUACCCCUGUGAAGGGAAAUGAGAGCUGUGGUAAAAUGCCUGCAGACUGGAGACAACAGCUACUUAGACAUAUAGAAGCUAGAAGGUUAGACAGGACCGCUGCUUACAAACACCACACUGUUAACCUUGGCAUGCUGCACUCUGGAGGUUUGUCAGCAAUGCAUGCAGGCAGAAGCAUGACUUUAAACUUGCAGACUAGAUCUAAAUUUGAAAACCAAAUUCAGCAAGAGCUACCUCUACCAAAAACCCCAUCACAGCAGAGUAACAUUCUAGACAAUGGACAAGAAGAUGUUUCUGCUAGUAGCCAAUGGAAUCCAUAUCCACUUGGAAGGCGGGAUGUGCCACCAGAAACCAUUACUAAAAAGGCAGGUAGCCAUAUCCAGACUUUGAUGGGAUCUCAAAGCCUACAACAUCGGAGUCGAGAGCAGCAAUAUGAAGGAAACAUGAAUAAAGUGACCAUUCAGCAGUUUCAGUCACCACUGCCAAUUCAGAUCCCUUCUUCGCAGAGCUCUCGGGCACCUCAGGCGGGACGGUGCUUAAUCCAAACCAAAGGGCAGAGGAGUAUGGAUGGUUAUCAGGAGCAGUUUUGUGUGAGAAUAGAAAAGAAUCCUGGCCUUGGAUUUAGUAUCAGUGGUGGAAUAAGUGGACAAGGAAAUCCAUUCAAACCUUCUGAUAAGGGUAUCUUUGUUACUAGGGUUCAGCCUGAUGGACCAGCAUCCAGCCUGCUCCAGCCUGGUGAUAAGAUCCUUAAGGCAAAUGGACACAGUUUUGUACAUAUGGAACAUGAGAAAGCUGUAUUACUACUGAAGAGUUUCCAGAAUACAGUAGACCUAGUUAUUCAACGUGAGCUUACUGUCUAAGUAUUUUUUAUAAAUAGUAAACAUAUGUCUAGCCAGAUCUAACGUUCAAACAGAAAUUUAUACAUAGGAAACAAAUUUUGCCAAUUGCUGGACCAAUGGCAAACAUUAGUGCCAAAUGUAUAAUACUAUAUGUUAGUACUGCGCCUCUUGAAAAAUGUUAACUAUAUAAAUAUGAUGUUCAUGUGGUUAUGUAUUAGUUUUAAUUGUCAGCCUCUGGCUGUGCAUUGGUGCAGUUUCUUUUUUAAUCAAGUUACUUCUCAAAGUGGAUUUCAUAAACUUCAGAACACAGAAGCACACAAAAGCUCUUUAUGAAUUCUGCUGUCCAUCAAAAAUACUGCCUCAAAGUUGUAUAUAUCUUUAUAAAGAAAAACAUAUAUUGAGUUGUAAUUCCCAUAAAAUAUUUCUAUCACCAGUGCUAUACUAAAAGAAAGAUUAUAGAGAAAAAAUAUUUUCAUAGACACCACUAAGAAAGUAAAUAUUAAAUUUGAACUUUAGUAUGUUGAUUUUUUUCAAUGCAAAUAUAUAUAUAUGCCUUAUAGAAGUAACUGUACAAGUACAGUGUUUAGUGCUGAGUCCAUACUAAUUAGCUGAAUUAUUGCAAUACAGGGUGAAAUACUUCAUAAAUUAUACUUUCAAGCCUGGGACCUAAACAUAAUAGUCUAGGCAAAAUUAAUUGCUUUUGUCUGAUCCUUUUAGCUGAUUACAUGUAAGCUUGUGAAACAGACAUAAUUUUAGAUAGUGAUGUUCCUCAAAUAAAAGCAGUGAGUAGUGGUUAGCAGGAAAAACUAAUGCUUUAUUUUUGUGAAUUUUUUAAUUUAUUUAAAAUUAUAGAGCCCUUUCAAUAAACUUUGAUUCCCAAUUCUCCCACCAGACUAUAAUACCCCUGAGUAAGGAGGGCCAAAUCUAGCCCUUUGUGGGCAGCAGUCCCAUUGAAAUAAGUGGGACUACGCAGGUACAAUGCAUCGCUAGUAAGACUAGAUGACAUUUAAAAUAUUUUCUCUCUGAGGUGUGCUAUAUAAAUACCAGUAGGUAAAUCUCAGUGCAGUUCUAAGGGGACAGGAAUAGAUACAGCACAAAACUACAUUACAUUGGUGUUAUUUCAGUAAUCCAAGUUUUAGUAAUUCCUACAGCUGACAGCAUGGAAAAUCAAUUUCUGUGCCAUGGAUAAGUCUACAUAUGUUGGGUAAAUCCUGUUUCCAUUGAAGUCAAUGGUAAAAAAUUGUGACUGCUAAUGAGAGUUUUUGAAGGAAAUAAAUUGAGUAUUCCAAAUUGGUUUUAUUAAAUUUGAACAUUUUUAAAAAACACAAAUCACCUAAAUUGUGACUAUUGUAGAUUUUAAAGGUUACUAUCAAGAACUUUUUAGUUAAUGUGAGGUGUUUCUCUAUUGCGUAUGUAAUGCUGACAGACCCUGGUUGGCAACAGGCAGGACUGAACUGGGGACCUCUGGAGCUUAGUGCAUAGCCAAUGCUGUAGAGCUGACUCAAUCUCUCGCUCUGAGUGGUCUUGAUGCCACUAGAUGGGACAGAACAUCACCCCCCAAGAGGUGUGUGGGUUAUACUCACACUAACUAAAGUUUUCCCUUUCCCCUCUGAUUAUUUUACAUAUUAAUUAGUUUAAUUAAAAUAUAUAAUUAAACUUUUUUUUUUAAAGUCAGUUUAUGUAAUGUUCUGUCUAUUAUAUGGUCUUCUGUUGCUCAUUAGAUAUCUGAGGUGGGGCUUGUUCCCUCAUGAAUGUUUUGAAUUGUCUUAUUUGGAUUUCAUUUAUUUUCAGCUGGCAUCUGGCAGCUGUUGCAAUGUGACAAUACAGCUGGAGAUUUGGUCAGUCAGCUUCAUCACAAUGACAAAUUGUGGUUCUGAAGCAACUGGGAACUUUGGGUGCAUAGGAAUGCAGGGUUAGGGCUUUUGUUUGUAUUUACACGUUUCCUGGUUUUAAAAUGGUGACUGGUCACAUCCCCUUUAUUAUUUGCUUUCCACAAACAUGAAUGAUUACACGUCUUACUGCAAAACUGGAAAGUUUAUUCCAAACCUGCACGUGUAAGUUCUCACAGAAAACAAAUGUUCAUUUUGUACAAGUCCUCAUACUGGAAGUGCUGCUGCACUCAUCCAAUCAGGAGGCAGAAAUACCACCAUGUAACUUAUCUGACUACAACUGAUCCAUACCAGCUCUAAUUUUAAAUAUUUACACCCAAAUAGUUUGAAUUUAGUUAUUCUUUCACCUAAGAGUACAGAGGAGAUUUCAAAUUCCUCUAUUCAAAGAUAUUCAGCAAAUAAAUUCAAAUGAGUUAUUCAGUUAUUUGUGGCAGCCUGGGGUGCAGGAAUGCAGCAUCUUUAAUGAUGUACAGACGCUCCCUGGGUUACGCAAACCCGCAUUUACGGAAAAAGUUCCUUAAGGGGUUUUUUGUUUUGUUUUUUUGCGUAAUUGUCAGGUAUAUGUCCUCAACUUACGCAAAAUUCGACUUACGCAAGCAGAGCCAUAACUAGGGAUUUUUGCCCCCGAGGCAAAGGACGGGGUGGCACGUCCAGCUCUUCAGCAGCGGGUCCCUCUCAGAGGGAAGGACUUGCCACCAAAGGAGAGACUUUCUGCGUCCCUCACCUUCCGCCUCACUCGCCUCGCCCUCCUUAUGGCACUGUAUGCAAGGUGUUCCAGAACGGAACGCUUGCGUAAGUCAGGGAGCAUCUGUAACAGCGGCAGAAUUGCAAAGGCCAUUAUUCAAAUUGUCAGCAUCAUCAGCUAUCCCUUUCGUAAUAAAACAGUCAAGAGAUGCUCACAUCCAUUUUUUACAUGCAGAAAUUCACUCAAUGUAAACACACUAAAUGUAAUACAUUCUGUGGGAAUUUCAUUGUAAUUUAUUUGCAUAGCUCAAACAUAUCCCUUGACUUCCCUUGGCAAGAAAACUGAGUAAAUAAAAAAUUAGUUUUGAGUCAUGUUGUAACAUUGCCUACUACAUCCCUCUCCUAAGCGAAACUAGAAGACAGAAUCCUGAAGCAUGUUACAAAAUUAAAUAUUUUAUUUAUAUAGCACCAAGAUGUGGUAGGCUUUUUUACAGAGACAAGUGGGAUGACGAGGGUUCUGCCCUAGGGAGCCUACAAACUACAUAGACAACAUAUUGAAGAAAGAUGUAAUAUAACAAAAGCCAAGUGAUCUUUUGUGUCACAUUUUGUUCUGAUGGAUUUUUGAUUACGUACACUUAUUAUGCCAGUGUGGUUUGUAAGCCUGAGUGUUACAAGAUACAAGUAGUUUUUUUAUUCUCCCUACCUCUCCUCCAGCUCUUUCUUGUCCAUUAUAUAGUCAGCUAUGUCUAGAUCUGCAUUUGGAGACUUUAAACUUCCCCCUUAAUUAAUGAAGUCUUUGUUGGGAAUAAAACCAGACAUUCCAGUGGAACCUCUGUCACAUUUAAGGCCUGAUGCUGCAGAUUUUGGAGUCAAUGGAAGCUUGGCUAAGUAAAAGAGCUUUUCCUGGUAAGUGAGCAGGAGUUCAGGCUUUUCGUACAGACAGUAGUUGAGCUUCAAGAUGCGUCUUCCCCACCCCUAUCUCCCAAAAAGCAAGCAUGAUUCUCUUUGUACUUUGUUGUAUUUAUAAACAAAUUGGCAGAGGGGAUGCUCAUAUUUUGAGCAAUGAAGGAAGUCUUCAUUGUGGCUAAUUAGUAUGUGGUGUUCUUGUUUUGAUGUAACACACUUGUCUUUUCUGGAGCGAUUCAAUAAAUGCAAUUAGGAAGUCACCUAUUACAUGCAUGGAUACCUUGGUUCAGCUAUCUUGUUAAACUUGAGAUUCUAGGGCAGGUACUGGCAGCAGAUGAAUAGCAUAUAUAUGAUGUGGCACCCUGGAGUAUAUUGCAUAGAUGUGGUUAUUUUCAUGUUUCGUCAAUGAGUUCUGAGGCAGGCAGCUGUGAUCUCAAAAUUGCAUAUAGGUUCCUGGGUCCAGGCUAUUAGCUAGUACACACUACACCAUGUGCUUUCAUAUCAAGUACACAAUACCUAAAGCUCAGGAAUUUUUUUUUGUAGCUACUAAAGAGAAUUUUUGACAAGGACUUAAACAUGGUGUUUUAGAAAUAAAACCAGAAACUCCAAAUUGCCUUUGGAACUUCUACCUUUUUCAAUUUCCAGCUUUCUGUCAGCUUUCAGCUGUGCUAAAUUUGUUCCCAUGGUAACAUUUCUGCUAGCAGUAAAACUGUGACACUGCUUUUUAGGUUUCUGCACAACAAAGCUCAUCUAGUGCUACUCAAGUAAAGGUUAGAUUAAAAGUGCAGGGCAUUGCUACAAUUCCCUUGUUCUGGUUUUACAGCAGCU